AUGCCUCAGGGCAGCAGUGCUUGUGUUUCUCUGCCUGCUCCCCGGGCGUCAGUGCGAGCCAUAACGUUGGAGAACCAGCUAGUGGUGCUCGCCACGGCAGCAGCGGACGCCGGGAGGUACUACGUACAAGCUGUUAAUGAGAAGAAUGGAGAAAACAAGUCAAGCCCAUCCAUUUACCUGAAUGUGGCAGUGAACAAGAAGUACCGUGGAUCACAUGAUUCAGAGGCCCCUGCGGACCCUGUGGCUCCAGUGAUUGUAAUCCCACCCAAAAACACUACAGUGGUGGCCGGGGUCAGUGAGGCCACACUGGAGUGUGUUGCUAAUGCGCGUCCGGUUGAGAAGCUCAGUUUGGUGUGGCGGAGAAACACGGUGGAAGUGGCCAGUGGCGUGGGCUCCUUCGGCCGGCGCUUGACCAUCCUCAACCCAACGAGUGCCGAUGUGGGCAUGUACGUGUGCGAAGCCUCACUUUUGGACAGCAGCGUGAAGCCGGCGGAGGCCAGAGCCUUCCUCUCCAUCACAGAGGCGCCCUAUUUCACCGCUGAGCCCAGGAGAAAGAUGAUGGGAGAGGUGGAGAAAAGCGUGGAUAUCCAGUGCCAAGCUCGAGGGGUGCCCAUGCCGAAGCUGGAGUGGUAUAAGAAUGCCGUGCCCCUCAGUAAACUAAACAACCCUCGCUAUAAGGUCAUCUCCAGCAUGGGGCUUCAGGUCAAGAAGCUACAGCCCAGCGAUGCCGGAAUCUUCCAGUGCUUCGCCAGGAACUCGGCCGGAGAGGCUCAGGUCCACACUUACCUGGACAUCACUAGUAUGGCUCCGGCCUUCACCGCGGCGCCGGUCGACAUCACCGUCACAGAUGGAGCGGUGGCCACGUUCACCUGUCAGGUAUCUGGGGCCCCGAAUCCUGCCAUCAUCUGGAAGAGAGAUACCCAGAUUCUCGCCAGCGGUUCAAUGCAAAUUUCACGUUUCACCCUGCUGGAGUCCGGUGGUCUGCAGAUUCAACCGGUUGCGCUGCAGGACACGGGGAUGUACACCUGCUACGCUGCUAACUCAGAAGGAGCGAUCAACGCCAGCGCCUCCCUCACCGUAUGGAGUCGCACGUCCAUAUCCAGGCCUCCCAUGGACAGACGUGUCAUUAAGGGGACCACGGCCAUUUUGGAGUGCGGUGCCACCCACGACCCGCGCGUGGCAUUUGACUGUGAUAGAGUUCUCUUCUGCUCCUCGUCUCCUUCACUUGGCAGGUACGUGUGGAAAAAGGAUGAGGAGUUAGUGAGGCCAGACCAGAGGGGGGCGUAUCAGCCUGCAGGAGGGCUCCUUGCACAAUCAGUCAAACUGGUCCGGGACAUCGGGGACUAUACCUGUGACGUCAUCUCUCAGGCCGGCAACGACCCAAGGCGGCCCCGUCUGGAGGUCAU